AGGGGGACGGAUCGGGUAGUGACAACAUCAACGCGGUUACUGUUUGUAGUCACUUCUCACUUGACGUCUGUCUCUGAGGAACAAAAAGGUAGUGGAGAAGUCAGGAUAAAGAGUGGACUGUAGAGAAUUAUAACCAAAGAUGCAUUUCAAAGUACGAGCUGCAACAAAAGAAGACUGCAAAGAAAUAUCGAGAAUGAUAGUGGAAUUGGCGGUUUAUGAAAAAAUGCCCGACCAAGUGAAGAUAUCCCAUGAAGAACUGGAGCGGGACGGUUUCUGCCAGAAUCCUUUCUUUGAAUGCCUCGUUGCAGAAGUGCCUGAGGAGAAUAAAUCUAAAGAUGGAUUCACAGUAGUUGGAUACGCCUUUUACUUUUACACUUACAGUACAUGGAAGGGGCCGACAUUGUUUUUGGAGGAUCUAUACGUGAUGCCAGAAUUCAGAGGAAAUGGAUUUGGAAAGGGUUUACUUUGCAAAGUCGCUAAGGUGGGGAAGGAGAAGCAGUGUGUGCGGCUGCAGUUAUCAGUGCUGGACUGGAAUACCCCAUCCAGAGACUUCUACGCUGCUAAAUGCGCUCAGGACCUCACAGACAGCGAAGGAUGGCACCUGAUACGCUUUGACGGACAAAACCUGGACAAUUUAGCCAAUGAGGCUCCAAAAGAUUAAAUGUCUGCCGAGGAAAAAAUUGAUCUUGUUCUGAAAACAUUUCACUGGUUUUCAAACAGUGCCAAAUUAAGCUUCACUAAACCUGGAACCCCACCACCUUGUUUUCUCCUGGUUUAACAAUCAUGAAAACAAAUCUUGUUUCUUAUUUACACAACCUACAUGAGAUCUAUAUAAUUGUAAAACUCAUUAUUUUAUUAAAGUACCUUUGCAUUCAUGGAU